AUGGCGGAAGAAGUGAAGCUCUUGAGGACAUGGUCAAGCCCAUUUGGUUUAAGGGCGGUGUGGGCACUGAAACUCAAAGGCAUAGAGUAUGAAACAAUAGAAGAAGAUCUCUCCAACAAAAGUCCUCUUCUUCUUCAAUCAAAUCCUGUUUACAAGAAGAUCCCUGUCCUCAUUCACAAUGAAGAAGAGCUGCAAGGAAAGAAAUUCUUCUGUGGAGACAAGAUUGGGUUUGUGGAUCUUGCAUUGGGUUGGCUUGCUUACUUGCUCCCUGUUUAUGAAGAGAUAACCAGCAUCAAAACUGUCGAUGAGCAGAGAUUUCCUCGGUUAUCACGUUGGUUGCAAGAGUUUUCAGGAACUCCAGUUAUUAAAGAAAGCUUCCCACCUCAUGAUAAAUUAAUAACCAAGUUCCGCAUCCUCCAGGAGAAUCUCAUCUCGGCUGCAGCUGCAUCCAAAUGA